CCGAGCCGGGUCUGUGGGCCGCUCCGUUUUCUCGUGUCCUCGGGUCGCGUCCCUGUUGUAUUAGCGCUCUUUCUGCGCUCUCUUUACUGCUCUGUCCCCUUCACGUCGUCUCUCCGUCCUCGUAUCCGUCUACUGUGUCCUCACUCCGUCCGUGCUGUGUCCCCUUCAUGUCCCCAGAUUGUGCCCCUUGCUUUGUCCCCGCAGUGUCCUUCCUUGACAGAACGAGAGGACACGGUCUUAAGCUGUACCAAGAUACCAAUCUUUGAACCAUGAGAAGAUAAACCCCACAACUCCUGUGUGGAACCUUUCAGGGUCCAAAAGUCAAUGAAAGAUGAAAUAGAGACCACUAAGCCCACUGCAUCCCGUUGCUGACCACAUCCGUGCAAUGCUGUGGCUGCAUUGGCCCCAGUGCCCUGGUAAGCAGCCCUGGAGGGAUGAAACAUGCAGAGGUCAGUGUCCUCUUCCAGAGCCCUCUGUCAGUCUGGUCUUCAGACCAUUCUGCACCACUCUGGUGUCCCUCACUAGCUUGAGCAGUGCUUUCCUUCCCUGCUUCAUUACGAUUUUAACUGCAGAUUCUCUUUGGAAGGAUGAUGAAACCAAGCUCUUGAAGAUUCUUAUUAAGGUUUGUUAGGGGAGGCAAAAAGGUUUUUUUGAAAUGGCAGCUUCUAAGAAAAUAAGACAUCUGGCAGACAGAUGUGCUGCUUCAGAGCUGUUUAGUGCCCAGGUACAAUAGCACUUCUAGACAAGCUUUCAAAUAGGGCCUCUAGGCGCUACCACAGUGUAAAUGUUUAUUACCAGUACUGCUAAUAAAUGUGAACCAGAAAUGCUCUGCUCUCACUGAGGGGGUACAGUCUUCUCUAUCACAGUGGAGACUCAUUUGUUGCUUCACUUCAUGUGUAGGGAUAGUUUACAGUGGUUCAGUGUGACAGUGGCAUCCUGAUGGUCACACAGUACUAUAAACUUCAGAAAAACCUUCCUUUUCAGGUUCAUGAGACUAAGACAAUGAAAAAGGAGUGCAACUACCCGUGAAUUUGAUUCUGCUGUAGAAGAUUGGAUGUGUGCUUUCUGUUUGUGAAGAUUUGCGUGUGAUCCAGGACCAAAUUCACAAUGAGCUGGGACAACUCAUAGUUAAUUCUUUCCACAGCUUUGUUGUUUUCCACAUUUCAUACCCUUGACUUCCAAAGGAAAGAUGGAAAGGGUGGCCCAGAGAGAAGAACCAGGACAGCCUAAGCUGGCAUAUGGUAGUAGCUGACACUAGCACAUUUGAAGAGAAAUGUGUUAUAAAGGGUCCUAUUGUGGACACCAGCAUAGAAGAAGGGGAAAUAAAGCAUAAGAUGUAACUGAAACUGGGUAAAACUGAAUGUUUGUGCAGCUGCCCAGAAAGCAAUUAGGAUUAAUUUUUAGAUGGAGUGUCAGAUAGGGUCUUUGUGUGUUUAUAUUAGCCACUGAAGAGUAAGGAGAGCACAGCUGACUAAAGGUGCAAUUUUUAGAUUUUUCCAUGUGAUUUAGGGUUUGAAGUCACUUUAGAAAGUGGGAAUUAAGCUUUCAAGCCACUUAAGGUGACUGUUUCCAAGGCAUCUAAGUGAAGUAGGUUUAAUGUUACCAGCAUCUGCUAUAGGGAUAGGGGGAGAGCUAUGUCAGUUCUUGGUGUUUUGUUUGCUGAGAGAACACGUGUGUAGAAUCAUUUUCCUUCACUGAUUUAAAACUCUUUGUCAGACUGCAGCAGAGAGAAAACCCCAGCAGUAAGUGAAGUACUUCCAGACAAUGCUGGGAAUGGUCUUUAUAUCUUGCAUUUAUUAGAUGGAAGGUUUUCCACCAUAAUGUUUUGGUAGCAAGCAAAAAUUAGAUUUUUCAGGUGAUUUUCAUUGUAAAAAUCCUCCUUCUUUCUUCAAAAGCCAAAAGUCACUGCAAGUUAUCAAUAACAGUUCAAUAAAGCUUUUCUUCACCCUAGAAAUGGCAGUGAGAAAUCGAGUGAGAGAAGCAGUAAUUGCUGUGUGAGGGCAAGUGAUGCUUUUUUGCCUGAAUUGCAGAUCAGAGGAUAUUUGCCUCCAAGGUAGAGACCCACUGGUUUUACUGGAAGCAGCAGUAAAAUGUAAUGCCAGUCAGCUUUCAGAUAAUACUUGAGCACUUGCAAACCAUUCAGUCUUUCAGUAUUUUAAGUUUGCAUUGUAUUUCGUUUAAUGUGACACAUAAAAAUUUUCCUAUGAAAACAACUCAAAAAAAAUUUUUCAUAAGCUUUUGUGGCUCAAUAUUGGUGCUUUGUUUAAUGUACUGUAGCAAUGUUUCCAAACUUUGGAAAACACGCCCUGGAGCACUCUAGUUGUGUGUGAAAAUGCUGCCUGGGUUAGAAGUACAACCACAUGGCACAGCUCACCAUGAAGGGAAGGCUCUGCCUGGUUGCUGUGCAUUGCAUGACAUUUAUUGUGUGUGUGCAGAAACAGCUCUUCAGUGGGACCAGACAUGGACCUGCAUUACAUCUUCCAUUUAUUUAUACUGGUUCACCUGGGGGCAAGCCAUGGAAUACAGGAAUUGAGAGGAAGGAACACCUAUUUUUGAGCAUUGUAGCCUGUUAUUAAAAAUUAAGGAGAAAAUCGACAUUGUAAUCUCAAAGCUUGUUGGUUAAGAAGCAGGGAUGUGUCUCUGGGGCUCAAAGCAUAGUUGAUUAAGUAAAUGAUGGUUUGGAUGAAGUGUGGCUGCUCUCUGGAAAAAUCUUUGGUUGGAGCUAUGGCAAGAGACCAGAGGGAAAUGGGACAUUAAGGUGCAUUGACAGGGGUGCAGUGCAAGUCCUGCUCUUUGUCACGAGUCUGCAGGGUAACACUCAGUUCAGCCUCUCAGGAAACCUAUUCUGGAAUCAACAGGAAAAGCUCAUGCAAAACCUUAUUGCUUUGUUCAUGCCAACAGAUUGUCAAGGACUUCAACUCUUAUUGAUCUAUGGCCUCAAAGUCCUUCCCAAGGGAGAUGAGGGUCUUUAUUUCAAUUUUAUAGAUGGAGAAACAAAGCAGAGAGGUAAAAACAAACACAAGGAACAUCAGUCUGCCUCUAUGGCCGCCCCAAGAAAAAACACCAAAGUGUUCUGAAUUUUGAGUUGCAGUGUGUGAAUUCAGAAGUAGGAAUUAAUUUCUGUGGUUUAAAUCUUCAGGGACAGCUGCAGAUGAUGCAUGCCUCUGAUAGAUGUUUUCCUUAUUCUAAAGUCCAUGGAGCAACAGUAACACCUAGUGGCUGAAUGUGCCAGUCUGUUCCUCCUUUCCUUCUUUCCUUUCAAGAAGUAGAGUCGGAGGGCACACCAUGUGAUUGACAGCUUUGACUUGCAAGGCCAACACUUAAGAUCUCCAGGGAUUUGCCAUUUUCCUUUCAACCUCCCACCACAUUCUGUUUUCUAUUAAAAGUGGUAGAUGAAAUAUGAAACUCUUCCUCCCACCUCCCAACCCCCUACACUUUUCUGGCUUAUGAAGGAGGUUGUUCCAGUCCAUCUUGAUCUGUAGGUGGGUGGGCUGUGAGUGACCAAACCUACUGCUUCUAGUUUGGAGCACUCAGAUUUCUGUAAGGAAUCCAAGCUUUUUCUUUUUUUUCUUUUUUUUUCUUUUUUUCCUGAAAAAAGGGAUCAAGCAGAUCAUCUGGUUGAGUUUGGUGACCUCAGUCCAUUUGAUAAUGUGGUGUUAACUUGCCUGCGUUAAGGCAGACCAAACCAAUCAGUUGCAAGAAGUACCAUUUCCUAAAAUGUGGUGUGUGGGAUUGUUUGCCACAAUCUACUGGGACGGCUAAUUCAUCAGAGAGGGACCCCUAGAAAAACAGCAUUAGGGAGGAAAGAACCCACAGAUGUUUAUUGUGUUAGCAGGAGAGCCCUUCAGAGGGUCUUCACUGCCCCUCACAGGGGAAGAUAUCAAUUUUUCCAUGGAAAGAAACAUUAAGCAAAAGUAUUUCUGUUUAAGCCCAGAUCAUUUGCAUUUGUAAAUGGAACCUCAACUCUUAGUGGGAAUUACAGUACUGAGACACUAUGGGUUUGUCAUAUUCAUGCUGUUUAAUUUUAGGCUUCUGGUUUAGGUAUUCUGAAUUACAAUUGGAAGCAUCUGUUUAGGAGAGUCUCCACUGCGUGUUGACAGAGCCUGAACUCUAAUUUACACUGUGGAUAGAUGCUCUUUUACAUAUGACAUUAACUUGUAUCACCACUCAAAUAUUAUGUAUUUGCCUCCCUUCACAUCCCCAGUUGUCCAUCCAAUGUCCUCCCAAUUACCUGUUUAGAUGGAACCAAUUAAAUUGAAAACUAGCCUGAUACCUCUGGGAUAAAAAAAUAAAAUAAUCAGCUCUAUGGACCCAUUUACUCCAAAACUGCACAAAAGCCUGGUGCUGACAGAAGGGAGGUAAUGAGGACCAGUGGGGACAUGGCCAAGUGAGACAAGGAUGGGACCUUUUGGCUGCUGUGGAGAUGUGCAUGGAAUUGAAGCAUGCAUAUAUACAUACCAUUAGUCAGACCUCCUAAAUCUGGUGUUCCCAAUGUCUAUUUGUGAGGGAAGGCAAAGAGAAACACAGCCUGAAGGUGAAAAAUGUGGAAUAUUAUUCUGGGAUGUGUUGGGCAACCUUUACUCUUACAAGAAGUGUGGCAACCUUGUUGGGCUGGGCAAAAAAUCUUUCUUAAUGCUUGGUAAAAAUGUCAGAGGUGGCAGACCUGAAAGUACUGAAGGAAGACAAUCACAGGGUAAUUGUUAUUUGUGCUUCACAAGGGUUCUUGGAUCCUUUUCUAUUAGACCCGUAUGCUUUUUGUUUUGAAUACAGAAUUUCAAAGUCAGCUUUGUUUCUCAGUGGCAGCUGUGGUGUUUGCCACCCGUGUUGGUCUGGGAAGAGACGGCAUUUAUUAACGUUGUCUGAUCUGGUUAUUCACUCAAGGCCAGACCCUCAAUGACUUCAUAGAAAGAAAGCAAAGCAGUGCAGAUUGUCUUUAGAGGGACUGCCAUGUACCCUGUAGGAGAGGAGAGCCUACUGACAGGAAGAUUUUGUUUUCUCUCAAUUUCAUUCUCUGGUUUGACUUAUGUGUUACUUUGCAGUUUAUAGCCAAACACAGGAGUUCCUUAACCCCAUGAUCCUUCCAGGCAUUAUGUUUCUGCUAACAUCCUAGGUCAAAUCAGCUGUCUUUUCACAUGUCUCACAUUCAUUUUCAUUUAAGGCUCAAUUACCUCUUGGCAGUAUGCCACUAGUGACAACAGAUUUGUACCAGUAAUUAGUAUGUUUUGAGAAGUCGAAUAAAAUCUUUGCUCCUUUGCUUAGGUACCUGGAUGCAGUGAUGAAUUCUUAACUCUACACCCUAAACUUUAAAAGAUUUAUUCUUGAUAAUUUUGCCUCAAUUCCCUUUAAAACCUAGUAAAAGUAGUGCAUUAGUUUCCAAUGCUUGGAUCACUUGCAAACUCCUCAUUUGAAAUGCACUCCUUAAUAUCUCUGGGCUACAAAAACCUGUGUGUGACUGGCCCUCUGAAAUGGGGCUGCCACUGCAGACCUGCUGUGACUGAGGUUCCUGCAACUCCUUCCACUGCUGCAGAAGUUCAGAAGUAUAAUCUGUCACUUGUGAGAACAUAAAGAAUUGGACUGGAAACAUUCCAAACUCUUUACUUCUCAGGUUUGCCCAGUGGACUGAGAAGCUGAAACACAUUCCGUGUGCCCACAUGAUUUAUGUCCAAUGGAUUAUCCUUCUGACAGGACAGUGUAAGGCUGGCAUUUGCAUUGCAGGUGAGCAGAGUGCAGGAGGACAGCCCUCCAAGCAUUUCUUCUUUAUGACAGCAGAGUUCACAAGGUUGGUAAGUGAAAACCCCUUACCUUUUUACUUACUUCCCCCCAUGCUUCUCUGCAUUGUAGCUUUCCAGUGUGCAUCUGCCCCUUCCGUCUUGUACUGAAUUGGUGAAAUGCAUCCAAAUAAUUUAUUUAGCUCUGCUUGCCUGGGCAAAUCUUUAAUUAACAGGCAUACAAAGCGUAGCUUUCUAUUUUAAAUAUAUUACGUCUGGUUUAUAAGAAUAGGACUGUUCAGAUUUCAAGGGUUUUCUUCUCAAAGCCAGUCCCUCUGAUAAAUUGAAGGGAUUAUGUUUUUGUUGGCUGUCUUUGUUACCUCCAUCACUGUGUUUCCAAUUCAUCAACAUAGUUUUGAGAAAUUGUUAGAAUAUGUUGCACUCGUAAGCACCAUGGGGAGAAAAAAUAUUCAUUUAUUACUGCUAUUGUGUUUGAUUAUAUUACGCAUAUCCAAAGGACUAAAAUGAAAUGUCAUCUUUAAUUCUCCCCUUACAGUAGACAAUAUCACCCUUUCUUCUCUCUUUCCAGAAACAGCUUGGAAGUCAAUUCUUCAUUUUCAUUUUAAAUCAGCCAUACAGAAUAGAAGCAAAUGUGCAUUAAGGACAUGGCAGAAGUAAUGGGAGUCUGGAGAUCUGAGCUCUGUUUCUGGCUUUGCCUUUAGCUCUUUACAGUCUUGAGCAAAGUCAUUUGACCUCUGGUCUUCACUCUCUCAGUUCAUGAAAUAGGAAGACCAUUUGCUUCCUACAGAUGUCUCUAAUAAUUUGCCAGAAUCAUGUCUUGUCUAAUCACCUGUGUUUAAUAUCUCCUAGGGUCUUGCAAAAUCAGUGAAGGCUGAAGCAGCAAAUUUUCCAUGCAGCAGAAAAUAAAAUGUUUUUGGAAAGUUAAGACUUGAAGACUACAAAGAGCUUCUGAAGGGUCCAACCCAGGCCACGAGAAUGGGCACUGGUGUCACUACACAGUCACAAGGACAGUCUCCUGCCAGGUGCAGAACGGGUCAGAGACGGUCAUCCAGAGAGUUUAUCAGAGCUGCCGGUGGCCAGGACCUUGUGCCAACUUAGUGAGUUACAGGACUCUCAUCAGGCCCACAUACAAAAUGUCCUACAGAACUGUGACCACGCUGGAGUGGAGGUGCUGUCCUGGCUUCACGGGGAGCAACUGUGAGGAGGGUUCCUCUGGCCGCCAGCUCGGCUCCUUUCCCAGCCAGGACCAAUGCAUGAACUGCACCAGGCUCGCUGAUAUGACCGAGAGGCUGAACACGCUGGAGGCCAAGAUCCUGCUGCUGGAGGCUGCAGAGAGGAGCCCAGCCCUGGAGAACAACCUGCCCAUCACCGGCACCACAGCCACGUGGUACGACGAGCUGCUGCCGGACGCCUUUCCCCUGCUGAACCCCGGCACUGUCCUGAGGAAAACCGUGGGAUCUGGUGAAGCUAAAGGACACAGAGGUGCAGAGGAGCAGCUGAUACCACAGGGGAUUCCAGGACAGGUUGGUCCCCCGGGCCCAGUUGGACCCACUGGGCUCCCAGGACCACCAGGGCCGAAAGGAGAGAAGGGACAGCCUGGUGAGAGGGGCCCAGCAGGGCCACCAGGGAUGCUGGGACCUCAAGGACCAAGAGGACUUCCAGGAGAAACUGGGAUCCCAGGGCCCCCAGGUCCUCCAGGGCCACCAGCCACCCCAAGCCUCCCUCUCACCUUCCAGCAAGGGGUUCUCUACUCACUCCAGCCCACAGCUGAAAAAGAAAAUGGAGAACCCCAGCUGGCCUCCACCGUCAUCGACACCAUCAUGGCUGGACUGCCCGGACCCAGGGGAGCCCCGGGACCCGCGGGGCCACCAGGACCACCAGGUGCUUCAGGACCCAAAGGGCCCCCAGGACCCAUUGGAGCCCCUGGAUCACAAGGCUUGCCAGGAUCUCCAGGACAACCUGGACCAAAAGGAUCCAAAGGAGACCGAGGAGAGAGAGGGCAAGCAGGUCUGCCUGGAGAGAGGGGCAUUAAGGGAUUUCCUGGUGAACCAGGCAAGAAGGGUGAGGAAGGUGACAAAGGUGCUGAUGGGGAAGGUGUCCAACAGCUUCGAGAGGCUCUGAAGAUUUUAGCUGAGAGGGUAUUAAUCCUUGAGCACAUGAUAGGAAUUCAUGACUCUUUGUCUUCCAUUGAGCCAGGCUCUGGACAGGAUGUGAUCCCGGGCUCCCCCCUGAGAACCAGCAUCAAGAUCAAGCGAGGAGGACCCCGGCAGCCCCAGGCCCAACAGAUCCUCUCUUCACUGCUGGAUGACGGUGAAGGCAGAAGGAGAAGCCACCGGAUGAAGGGAAGUGCCAGCUUCCAGGUUAAAGAAGUGGAACCUGCCCUUCAGUGACAAAUGAAUCACUCCACCUGCUGUGCUAACCAGGUUGGACAAGUUGAUGUCAUUCAUGUAGACAGUGAUUUUUGUUAGAAGGGGAAGAUUAAUCAACUAAACUUACUGGACUAUUUUUUACUUUUUAGUUCUUUUUAUUCUUUUAAUUACUUUUAAUUCCCAGUUUUCAAAUCCAGCCCAGGACAAAAGUGAGCAAACUGAGUUGUGUUGUUGCCCCUCUGGUUCCAGGAGGACACAGCUGUGUGAGCAGGCUGGGCUGCACUGCUGCAGGCUUCUGUCAGAGGCUUUCCAAGGAAAAUACUCUACAGUCCCUGUGUUCAGCACCCCAAGUGAUCUUCCCAAGGCAAAGCCUGCUGGAAAUGAGGCUAAAAAUGGAGGAGCUCUGCCAACCCAGCAUUAGCCACACCUUAAAUUGAUUGUCCAUAUACAUUGUAAACAUGGCAGUGCUGCCAAGAGACACAUCCAACCCCAAUCCUUCCUCUGAAGAGCCUGGCAUCAAAAUGAGCAGGUUACAGGCUCCUGCAGGAUGGCUGAAUCCACCAUGCCUUCCCUUGGCCCAGCUCUUUAGGAAUCCAGCAAUCCCCAGCUAGGUUAAAUGGCAUAAGCUGAUGCUGAGCAAGCACCAGGACUUUGCUUUUACUGCUGUGCAGCUGAAUAACAACCCCUGUGCUGGAGGCAGCAGGGAUGCAAGUCCCUGCCCUGCUUUUGCAUCCUCCCCCUGCUUGGCCAGUGCCAGUGGUGGGGCUGGUUCAGCACAGCCCACCUGGUUCAGGUUGUGCUUCUCAAUGAUUGAGUUUUCCACAGGACAUUUGCAGAGCUUUGCAGGAGUCUGGGGAGCUGCCUGGCUGCACUCUGAGUUACAGCUGGAGUGUGGUGUAGAGAAUCAAGAAAAUGAGUAAAACUCAAGUCCAGCAGGUUCCUGAGCUCCAGGAGCCGUCCUGUAUUUGCAAUCCUUUUGGGAGAAGGAGAUAAAGACUCUCUGAGUGCAUCUUAGUUUCACACCCAGCACUAACUCUAAACCCAGCAUUAACUCUAACGGUGUCUGUGGUGCUGUAAGAGCUCAUGUCCCUCCUUCCACUACUGGCAGGACAAGAGCUUUGCUUGUGGCCAGCCAAGCAAGCUGCAGCCAUGGGAACAUCCUUGGGAUAAUCAUUCCAUCUAAGAAUUAAAUGUCAAAAAAAAGGACGUUUCCUCAUUUACAGGCUGAUUCCUGUGCAGGAGUUGAGAAGUACUUGGUUACCUCUGUGGUGAAGUGGGACUAUCUUGGUCUAGAGCAUCACAUGGACAUUCCAAGACCUCACUGGUGGCUUCCAGGAGCUAAAAUCAGGGUUGAAGAGUGAGGAGAAAUCUCAGUUCAGUCUAAACUCAUGCACUGGGCAGGCUGGUGCCAGCUGUAGUCGAGUCCACAGGAACAAUCUGUCCUCAUGGCAGCCUUGGGAACCAAACCCAACCAAAGCAAUCUUUAAAAAGGGAAAUGUGGAAAUUCAGUUUCAGUGGUCCUGUAGCUACAGGGUUGAAUUUGGGGAAGAGGGAAUACAAUGAGGCAAUUUUUACUUCCCUGACAUUUCAGAGGCUUCGUACUGAACUGAAAGAGAAAUCUUUCCUCAAGUUUGUCUUCUGAAUUCAAAGCUAUUGCAUGAGCUCGGUGCUUUAGUCACUCACAUUGCUGAGGCAUUCAUGCUGACAAGGAUGUGGAAUUUUAUAUUAUUUAAAACAAAAUACUGACAAGAUGAAAGGAAGAUUUAAUGGAAGUUGUUUGCAAUUAAUCCUGCCAACUCAAUUGUCAAAAGGCUGUUUAGGUUUGGGUUGAGACCACUUUAAUUAUUGAUAAUAUGAGCUAUGUAACAUUUUCUCCUUGCUUUGUUGAGCUCCAUCUCUCUGCUGAGGUACUGUAUCUCUAAAUGGGGGACAGCAGGAUUAUACCAGAUGGACUUUCUCUCUCUGCUGGGGUUUCAUUCCUCUCCACUCACACAGGGCUGGACCACACUUGUGUCUCCCCAGUUUAAUUACAUUUAAAGGUGAGCACAGCCUCACACACUGACAUUAACGAUAUUCAUGGCCAAACAAACCACUCCAACCACAUUUUCCAUCAUAGACAGGAUCCUGAGGUUCAUUUCAGCCAGGGCAUAUAAUGCUUCUUGCCAUGUCUAUGUAACUUAGGGGAUUUAUUUUCAAUGCGUGCUCAUUUAGAAAUAUAUUUUAAUUGAAAUGUUCAGUGCUUUAUCUUAUAUACAUACUGUGCAAUACCAUAGUGUGUUCUUUUCCUUUUUUGUUUUUUUUUCUGAGACUUUUUUUUUAAAUUCUUGAUGUUUGUUUGAGCUCCAGUGUGUUUUUGACUUGGAUCAGCUCUGGUAGUAGUAGUAGUGUUUUCCUUGCCCUGAGCUAACCAGAAGCAGCACAUUGCACAACCAAAACCCUUUGCAAGUCAUGCACCCUCAUGUUCACCAGCAACCUGGAACUCCUGGGAGGAAGGAAAUGCUCCUCUCCAGAGGGUCUAAUUUGCACUUACUGUAAGGAAUUGAUAGCAACCCAGGGAAAUAGGAAUAAACUAGAGAGAAGAGCCCUCACCUGCUCCCACCAAACUCCACCAUCAUUUUGUCAUCAGCUUCCAAAGGAACAGGCAUUAAAAAGCAGAUUCAGGCCUGGAGCAGCACGUGUUGGUGCUGAGUGGGCUCUGUUGUCAUGUGGGACCCUGAGCACUGGGACAAAGCUUCUAAGGACAAUCAGCUUCUGGAAUUCCUUUGCCUACAAUGAUUGGAAACCCAUCCUCCUCCACAUUUACAGCUUCUGUCUGACUCAAGAUAACAUUCCACUGGGGGUAUAGGGGUUAAACUACUCAGAGUCUCUCUGAUUUCUUGGUUUCCUGUGAAACCAGGGAUUGAAAGGUGCUAUAAUUGUUCACAAGGCACAUUCCCAGCCACAGAAGGAAAUGGUAACUUCUUCACCAGUUAUUUUACACAAUACCUUUUUUAUUUAUAUCAAUGUGUUUCAUAUGUGUGCCAACAGUCCUGGCUUCUUUCCUGAGGAUUAGCUUUACAACCAUUUGGUCUUUUAUAGGGCAGCCAUAGGCAGUAUCUUGCAAUCAAUGUGUAAUUUCUUAACUUAGAGCAAGAAUAAAUCUCGUCUGACAGGAUGAACUCAUUUAUGGCAGGCAUUAAUGUUUGUUGUAAACACAACCUGUUUGUUCCACCUCUUGCAUGGUUACUUAUCUGUUUUCAUAUUGCUAUGUUAUUGUUCAAAAUAUCUAUUUCUCUUUAUUUGCUAUGGGGUUUGUUACUGUAUAUGGAAUGUUUUGUAUUCAGCAUUUUCUUAUGGAGCAGAGUGGGAACAGUAUUCAAGGACCCACAAAUACCAAAGACCUUUCAUGUAAUGCACUGAGAAAUAAACUUACUGUAAAUGAA